UAGAAACACAUAAUUUUUUUUAAUUCAUAAAAAAAUCAAGUUAUUAAACAUGCCUCCAAAAAAAUCAACAACAAAAGAUCGAAAGUUUGAAAAAGCAGAUUGGAAAGAAGGUUUUAAGAAAAAGCAAGUUGGAAUAGCUGAUAUGACUAUGUUGAGUAAAGUUAAUAAUGAAGCUAUUAACGAAAAUUUAAAGAAAAGGUUUGAAAAUGCUGAAAUAUAUACAUAUAUUGGUCAUGUACUGAUCAGUGUAAAUCCUGUCUCUUAUACACAUCUAGAUACAGAUACAGAUGAGAUCUUGCGUAGUUAUACUGGUAAAAAUAGAUUGGAGAUGCCUCCUCAUGUUUAUGCUGUUGCCGAAUCAUCAUAUUAUCAUAUGAAUAGUUAUAAAGAAAAUCAAUGUAUUAUUAUUAGUGGUGAAUCUGGUGCUGGGAAAACUGAGGCUGCUAAGAGGAUUAUGCAAUAUAUUGCAACAGUUAGUGGUGGUGCGACCUCUUCAAUUAAGGAAAUUAAAGAUAUGGUUUUAGCUACGAAUCCUCUAUUGGAAAGUUUUGGUUGUGCUAAAACACUUAGAAAUAAUAAUUCAAGUCGUCAUGGAAAAUAUUUAGAAAUUCAAUUUAAUAGUAACGGAGAGCCUGUUGGUGCUAUUAUUACUAAUUAUUUAUUAGAGAAGGGACGCGUUGUUGGACAAAUUGAGAAUGAACGUAAUUUCCAUAUAUUUUAUCAAUUCACUAAAGCCGCUUCUUCUGAAUAUCAAGAACAAUUUGGUAUUCAGGGUCCUGAAAGUUAUUUAUAUACUAGUAAAAGUGAUUGUUUAGAUGUUGAUGGUAUUGAUGAUGUAGAAGAUUUUGAAGAGACUUUGAAAGCGAUGGAGGUUAUUGGACUUCAAAAACAUGAGCAAGAUGAUAUUUUUAGAAUGUUGGCAAUAAUAUUAUGGUUGGGAAACGUUUUAUUCGACGAGGGAGAUGAUGGAAAUUCAGUUAUCAAUGAUGAAAAUGUUACAAAUUACAUUGGUCAUUUAAUGGAUGUAGAUUCAGCAGCUUUAAACAAGGUUUUAACAAGUCGUACAAUUGAAACAACGCGUGGAGGGCGUCGUGGUUCUGUAUAUGACGUUCCUCUUAAUCCCGUUCAGGCAUCAGCCGUGAGAGAUGCAUUGGCCAAAGCGAUAUAUAAUAAUCUAUUUGAAUGGAUAGUAGAACGUGUAAAUAAAGCAUUACGUUCACGAUCACAAUCAUCCUAUGUAAUUGGAGUGUUGGAUAUUUAUGGAUUUGAAAUUUUUGAAGAAAACUCAUUUGAACAAUUAUGUAUAAAUUACGUUAAUGAAAAAUUACAACAAAUAUUCAUUGAAUUAACGUUAAAAGCUGAACAAGAAGAAUAUGUCAAUGAAAAAAUUAAAUGGACACCAAUAGAUUUUUUUAAUAAUAAAGUAGUAUGCGAUUUAAUAGAAGAAAAACGACCUCCGGGUUUAUUUGCUGCCAUGAAUGAUGCUUGUGCUACUGCUCAUGCUGACCCUGAAGCUGCUGAUAAUAGUUUUGUUCAACGAUUAGGAUUUUUAAGUUCAAACCCUCAUUUUGAGAGUAGAGGUAGUAAAUUUUUAGUUAAACAUUAUGCCGGUGAUGUCUUAUAUUCUAUACCUGGUAUGACUGAUAAGAACAAAGAUCAGUUGGUAAAGGAUAUAUUGGAGUUAGUUGCCUCAAGUGAUAAUAAAUUCUUGAGUGCAUUAUUCCCUAAUCGUGUGGAUAAAGAUUCUAAAAAGAGACCUCCUACCGCAAGUGAUAAAAUUAAGGCAUCAGCAAAUGAAUUGGUGAAAAAAUUAAUGCAAUCUCAACCUUCUUAUAUACGUACCAUAAAACCAAAUCAAAACAAGAGUCCUUCAGAAUAUGAUUCAAAAAUGGUUUUACAUCAAAUUAAAUAUCUUGGAUUAAAUGAAAAUAUUAGAGUACGUAGGGCUGGUUUCGCUUAUAGACAAACAUUUGAUAAAUUCAUAGAAAGAUUUUAUUUGUUAUCGAAGAAAACUUCUUAUGCUGGAGAUUAUAUUUGGAAAGGUGAUCAGAAAUCUGGUACACAAACCAUUUUAAAAGAUUGCGGUAUUGCGGCUGAGGAAUGGCAAAUGGGUGUUACAAAAGCAUUUAUUAGACAUCCAGAAACGAUUUGGGCACUUGAACAUUUACGUGAUAGAUAUUGGCAUAAUAUGGCAAUGAGAAUUCAGCGAGCGUAUAGAAAUUAUGUGAGAUAUAAGAAUGAGUGCGCUAGGCGUAUACAAAGAUGUUGGAAUAAGAACAAAGAUCAAAUAAUUUAUGUACAAUUAAGAGAUUAUGGACAUCAAAUACUGGGACAACGAAAAGAAAGAAGAAGAAUGAGUUUAUUGAGUAUGAGAAAAUUUAUGGGAGAUUAUUUAUAUGUUAAUGACGAAAGUGGUGAAGAGUUAAGAAGGGUUUGCAAUUUUGGAACUAAUGAACUCGUAGCAUUUAGUAGCAAGAUUCAAUUACUUGUUGGUCGUCUUGGAAGAUCUAGUAAACCGAGUCCUAGAUAUUUGAUUUUGACUGAUAAAGCAAUAUAUAUUAUUAUAUCGACAAUUGAAAAGAAACUUUUAACAAUGAAUGUUGAAAGAAAUAUUCCAUUAAUCUCAAUUACUGGAGUCAGCUUGUCAAAUUUAAGAGAUGAUUGGGUAGUACUUCACGUUAAUAAUCCGACUAAAGAAUUAGGAGAUCCAAUAUUUUCAUGUCUUUUCAAAACAGAAUUACUUGUUCAUUUAUUACAAAGAACAGGAUCAAGAGUACAAGUUAACAUUGCACCACAAAUAGAAUAUUGUAAAAAAUUGAACAAGACUGCCACACUCAAAGUUGUUAAAGAUGAAAGUAUUAAAAAGAAUGAUGUAUAUAAAAGUCAUACAAUUAGUGUGUCUAGUGGUGAACCUGCAGAUAGUUUAUCGGAUCCUCCUUGUCCAAAAAAAGAGCCUCCACCGAGACCUAUCACUUCUGGAAAAUUAUUAAAACCAGGUGGUCCUAAAAAAAAAGUAACUGCCUCAAAACCUAUAAAGAAGCCACCACCAGUUAUUACUCCAGAUCCAGAUACAGCAGCUACAACUAAUUAUAAAAGAACAUCUACUGGUCCAGGUAAAGGGGUUCCACCACCACCACCGCCUCCUGCACCACAAAAACCACCUUCACCUCCACCUCCACCUACAAAUCCAACUUUUAAGGCCGUUUAUGAUUUUUUAACGGAAGAUACAGGAGAAUUACCAUUUAAAUCUGGGGAUACAUUAGAAAUUCUUCAAAAAGAUGAUAAUGGUUGGUGGUUAGCUAAAAAAGAUGGUAAACAAGGAUGGGUACCAAGUAACUACUUGGAAGAGAUUAAAGUAGCACCAAAAACAAAUCCUGCAUUACCAGCUAGACGUAAACCUCCACCUGCUCCCCAAGAAAAGAAAAAGGAACCUCCGCAAGAAUUUGCUGCUGAAGAAGAAGCAGAAGAAAAGGAGCCUGCAAAAAAAUCUCGUUUUAGUACUUCUAUUUCAAAUCCAACAAGUAAAAGUUAUAACGAUUCCUCAGCUCCUGUACCUGUAUUCCCAGGUAUGGCGCCUGUUAAUAGUGCAAGUGGUGUACCUCCAUGGAAGGCUGCUCUUGAGGCUAAAAAAGCUGCUGCUAGGGUAAGUUAUUUUUAUUUAAUACUACCUAUAACAUGA